AUGCCAGAGGGAAAAUCGACAUCUCCGACAAAGGAAGAUCUGCAGAAUGCCCGAUUGGGAAGUCUCGCUCCGGAGUGCAAUAAUUUAAAGGAUGAAUACGAGCAGUGUUUCUUUGAGUUCUUUCCACGUUUUCUCUGCGGGGAGAAGUUUACAGUAGAUCCCUGUGCCACGCAGUUGGAUGCCUACAGGAGAUGCGUUCGAUGCCAACUUGAGACCAAAAUGGGGGUGGAUUUGACCAAAUUGGACGCCCAACUGAUGUCUCCUACAGAGAUGGCCGAGAAAAUAGCUAGGGGUGCUACAAACACUAAAUCAUAA